AUGUCCGCGGCCGCAAAUGCCAUUGCUGCAGCAGCGGUUGCCAACAUUCGGGCAACGGCAGCAGAGGCCCUUGCCACAGAAAGGCAGACCAAUGCCUCCGCGGUUGAGCUGCUGCAGCCACGGCCAGCGGAAGCACCGGCGAAGUCCGCCCACGGCUAUAGUUUUGACAAGCUGAGCGCAGCGGAGCAAGCAGCGCCGGAAGCCAAGCAAUGGUUGAGGGGCCAUUGCGAUCACUGCUGUGAGUCAUCGCUCUGGUGUAAUUGUCGAUCGCGAUUUUCGUUAUCAUCUUUCAGUACCACCAGGCCGAUCAUCACCACCACCAGAACACAUUUUUGCGACACUCGCGGUCGGUCCUGA